AUGACUAGAAGAAAAGGCAAAGCUGUUUCCCAAAGUUCCCCUAACAAUAAAGAAGAAGUUAAGAGUCCUGUCAAAGACUCUGUCAAGAAGAAGAGUACUUCUUCUAGUCCUGUCAAGAGAAGAGCUAUGACUAAGAGUGUAGGGGUUGGUCCCUCAAAGUCCUGGAGCAAGGUUGUUCCAAAGAAAAGGAAUGAGAGGGACAUUAUUGAAUCUGAGUCUGAUGUUGAAGUGGAUUUCCCUGACAUUCCAUCAAGGAAGAAUGCCAUUUGGUGGAAAUAUGUGCUCCAAAAGAUACUAGCAGUUAAAAGGGAAUUGGCUCCAAAUUCUAUUGAAAAAAAGGAAAUCUUCGAGCUAAUUCAAGAAGCUAGAUUAUUGAAGACUGUUUACAACAUUCCUAAAUGUUACGAGAGGCUAGUCAAAGAAUAUCUGGUGAAUCUAUCUGAAGAUUGUGGAAACAAAAAGAGUGUGGACUUCAGAAAGGUGUUUGUGAGAGGUAAGUGUGCAUCAUUCUCUCCCUCUUUGAUUAAUAACUUCUUGGAAAGAACAGAUGAAGCUCAACCUGAGCUUGAAGUAAUAGACAACAAGGUUUAUCAAGUGAUCACAGUCAGGCAAGUAAAAAGCUGGCCUCUAAAAGAAGAACUAAUUGCAAGUAAGCUGAGAAUCAAGUAUGCAAUGCUUCACAAGAUAGGAGCAGCUAAUUGGGUGCCACCGAAUCACAAAUCCACUAUCUCAGCUGUUCUUGGCAGAUUUCUGUAUGCUGUAGGAACAAAGGCAAAGUUUGACUAUGGAACAUAUAUCUUUGACCAAACUAUGAAGCAUGCUGGAAGCUUCGCUGUUAAGGGUUCUAUUGAGUUUCCAUCCCUCCUGUGUGGUAUAAUUCUGAAUUAG